AUGGCGAGAGGACAGGGACCAGCCCACCUGUACCAGAUUGUUCACGGCGUUCAGAAAGAGGAAAGGCAGCGGGCUCGGCGACAGCGUGGCUGUUUUCGCCUUGCGCUUGUCCUCAGCCCGCAGGGUUUCGACAAGCACGGGGAGGCCGUGGACGGGCUGUACAAGAUGGGCUUUGGCUUUGUGGAGGUGGGGAGUGUCACGCCAGAGCCCCAGGAAGGCAACCCCAAGCCCCGGGUCUUCCGGCUCCCCGAAGACCAGGCGAUCAUCAACAGGUACGGUUUUAACAGCCACGGGCACGCUGUGGUGGAGCGCAGGCUUCGAGCCCGGCAAGUCGCUCAGCACCAGCUCAGCGAAGCGGGGAUGCCUCUUGGAAUAAACCUGGGCAAGAACAAGUGUUCUGUGGAUGCAGCUGCUGACUACGUUGCGGGAGUGCGUGUGCUGGGUCCGCUGGCUGAUUAUGUGGUGGUGAAUGUUUCCAGCCCAAACACGCCAGGACUGCGGGCCCUGCAGAGCAGAGCAGACCUGCACCUCCUACUCACAAAGGUCCUUGCUGAGCGGGAUUCCCUUCCAGGUAAGCACAAACCAGCUGUGCUGGUGAAGAUUGCGCCAGACCUGACAAGCCGAGAGAAACAGGACGUUGCCAGCGUUGCAAGUGAGUUGGGCAUUGAUGGACUGGUGGUGACCAACACCACCGUGAGCCGUCCUGAGACCCUUCGUGGGGCUUCUUGCAGUGAAGGGGGGGGGCUGAGUGGGGCUCCCCUACGACAGCUCUCCACCCAGGUGGUCCGUGAGAUGUAUUCUCUCACCCAAGGGCGCAUACCAAUCAUUGGCGUGGGUGGAGUCUGCACGGGCCAGGAUGCCUUAGAGAAGAUACGGGCGGGUGCCUCCUUAGUCCAAAUGUACACAGCCCUUACAUACCAUGGACCACCUGUUGUGGGUGCUAUAAAGCAGGAGCUUGAGGUCUUGCUGAGAGAACAAGGAUUCCAGAGCGUUCAAGAUGCUGUGGGAGCAGAUCACUGCCUCUGACGAUUCCUGGCCCAGAUUUAGUGUGACAGUAGGGACCCUCUGAACGCCCUGGCAAGCAGAAAGAUUGGGCGUGUGUCACAUGAGAUCCAGCUGACUAUUUCCUGCCCUACGUGAAGGGUGCUUCUCCGAUGUCAACUGAUUUACAGCUUCUCUAACGGGAGAGGAAGGAGGAUAUUGCCUCCCCAUUUUAGGGCCUUUUUUUCCCCACUGGUUCUUCUGCAACUGAGCAUAUUGUUUCCCUGGCACAGAAUGAGCAAAUAUUGAUACAGCCAGUAGAUACAGCCAAGGUGGAUUUGAACCAUUUUUUAAAAAUCUAGCAUCAUGUAACGAGGAAAUGGUUGCUUGUUGCUAUAUAUCCUCCUCUGAGGAAGGGUAGAAGCUAGAGAGCUUUCCUGAUGUCUUGAGACUGGCACAGGUAGUACCCCAGCACAAAGUUAGAAAUGGAUGAACACAGUAUCAAUCUUCCCUUUGCUGAAUCCCUCCUUCCCCCCACCAAAGCUUUGGAGGCUUGUACCACACUGAGAGAAAAGCAGCUUUCUGUUACUCAGAGAUGCAGAAGUUGUUUUGGAGCAGGCACACAGUGCUUUUGGCUUUUUAAAAAUAAAGUGUUAUUGAUUGAG